AUGCAGUCAACAACCGUUCCCAUCCCACGCUCCUUCCGUCAACUACCCCUAGAGCUCAUCCUCAUGAUCACCAGGCCGCUUGCGCCGGACGCUUUCCUCUCGUUUGGCUUCGCCAACUAUCAUCUGCUCAUCACACAUUCGUUGGCUCCUUUACUGUCGACAGACACAUUGACCCGUCUUGUUCGUCAAUCAGCAGCCCUGAGAACGCGUACAAUCGGCCAGUCGUGGAUUCCUGUCGAAGUCAAUCUGCAGAUACUGCGAAACCUUGAGCCCCUCGACGCUCUGAAUUAUGCCAUGGCCAAUUAUCUGGUAUUGGCUCAGCAAGGCAUUGCCCCUACACUCUCGUUGGAAACACUUCGCCGUCUGAAUCGUGCUGUUCAACACGAACCAAAUACAGUCCCGAAUCUAGCACCAGGUCACAGUCCUAAGCCUUGA